AUGCUAACGGAAUACGUGCAAUUCACUCCAGCCCUAUCUUUGCCCACCCCAGACCAAUUUUUUCCUCAGGAGAACCCACACCUUUGGGACGAACACCCCAAAGGUAUCUUGCCCACAACGGCUUCCGAAGCCACCGAGCCUUCUUUACGUCCUCCCUUUCCCCUCCAACCUUUCAGCAGCGUUUCCAUCUUCUUAACGCACUGGGCUCUCUGCCAAGCAGCUCUCCGGCUCCCGUCGUUUGUGUUCGUUGAUCCCUCAGCGCACAACCUCCUCGUUCGCCAGAACAUUAAGCUGCCGCAUAGGACUUCUCUACAGGUUCUUCCUCUUCAGGAGGAGGAGUCGAGGAGGCUAGGUCCAGUCAAUUUCGAUUGUGUUGAGACAUUCCGACCGCCCUAA